UCCUUCUGGCUUUGAGAGCGUUGCUCUUGUAGAAGAGGAUCUGAACGGCGAGCUGAUGAACGAAGACAUACGUAUCCAUAGCUGGCCUUGUUCUUACUACUUGGACACCAGCAAACAAUGGGUCUCCGGCAGACUCUUGCUGACUCCUGUUGCGAUCAAAUUUACAGCUGACAAGACUGGGGAGCUUUUGGUCAACUUCCAUCUUUCUAGUAUCAGUGAGAUCAAGAAGGAAUCUUCAAAUUUAAUCUUCAGCUCCCUUACCAUCUUAGAGAAGAGCACCAAGCACUGGUUCAGUUCUCUGCAACCCAACAGAAAUGUGGUGUUCAACAUCCUUGAACACUUCUGGAGGGAGCAGUUGCUGUCAAGCCAAGGUGCAGGAGCAGAAGCAGCAGCUUUGCAGUCAACAAAGGGAAAAGAACUGACCGGGUUAUUGACUGGAUCGCAGAAACGACUGGAAGACACAGCAAAAGUGCUGCAUUACCAGGGCGAGCAGUUUGAUAACAUCAUGAGAGGACUCAACAAGAUCGAAGGGGAUAUGGAUGUAGCAGACAGGUUGUUGACUGAGCUCGAAUCUCCUUCUUGGUGGCCGUUUAGCAGCAAGCUCUGGAAAGCGCCAUUGGAAACCAAGCCAAAGGAAACUGCCACAGUUUCCGAUUCGAAGAACCAGGAAGGAAUCAUAAUUAGAAUUCCAGUUAUUAUCACCCACAGAACAGACUCAAAUGUCAAGCCAGGAAAACUCACGCUCUUCGCUUCUGGCCUGGAAAUCAGUGACUGCAAUUCUCAGGUCAUUCACCGGUUUGAAUCAAAGGAUGUAGAUGAUAUCAGAGUUCAUACGCCAUAUGAAAUCAGUGUCCGUCAGAGAUUUAUUGGGAAGCCCGACACCUCUUACCGGCUCUUGUCAGCAAAGAUGCCAGAGGCAAUCCCCAUCUUGGAGAUGCAGUUUAGCAAGAAGAUACAGUUUUUAGAAGAUGCCCUAGGAUUUGUUGGUGCCAGGAAGUCUCCUCAGGUAGACUUGGGGACCUCCAUUUGGCAAGCAGCCACAGGACUCCUGGGAGGAGUGGUGCAGCCCAGCUCUCCGGUGGGGGGCAGAGAAGGGACGGACAAUGACCAAGUUCAGCUGCAGAAGGAAGAGAAGAUCUCCCAGGAAGAAGCGAAAGAGCUUAAACAGAGCUGGAAACCCUGAGCAUCUGCAGUUGCGAUUGGGUGCCUGAGUAAAGGACUUCACCAGGACUUCAUGAAGAGACAUUUAUGUUAAAAAACCCACAGUUUGUGGCAGUCUGAGCUGUGUUCCUUAGCCCUAUAGCUGUGCUAUAGAGAUGGAGAAAGAAGCCUACAAAGUUCCUGUGGUCUCUGGCUGAGCCUCUGCCUACCGCCUUGCUGUGGCUGACAUAAUGGCACUGAGUGUGGGAGGGGAUAUGAUAAUAUUAGCUUAAG